GAUAGAAACAUAAAAAGACAAAAUCAUAUUGUUUCAUUAUUACAGCUGCGAACUGAGUUUGCUGAAAAUGAUUACCUUUCCCCGGAUUGAAUUCUCUCUCUUAAACUGACUCAAUCCGCCCACCGGGGUGACGCUGCAGCAUUAAUCAAACACAUAGUAACAAAGGGAUGUGUCCCGUAUUUUGCCUUGCAGGGAGUUUAUGCAUCACUUACAGUUACCUGACGCUCGUUGACGUUUUCAAACAUUACUUGUUUCAUUCAAGUCACAUACAGUCUUGUUAAACGGUUGCAGAUGGCUGUUAUGUACAACGUCUCCUAUCAGACUUGGUUCAGGGCGGAAGUUACACAGACCAGCAGUCGCAUUUGAGUCCGCGCGGCAGGGGGUCGGGCUCGCGCCCACGGUGGUGAUGCUGCUGGCUGUCGGUGCUAGUUGGGUACCAGCCAGUUAGUCACUGGAAUCCCAAAUAAAUUACCACAUUUGUGGUGUUUGACACUGACGUUAUUCCGUCUAGCGGAGCAGCUGACAAUCGCAAUAUACUGCUGUAAUUGCUGCUGAUGCUAAUGAGCUGCAGCGGCCGUACGAGCAUUAAACAGCGGAUACUUAUGCUAACUAACGGCGGCUAGCUUGCUAACGUUCGAGCUAACAUCCUGAAUUUUAGACACGACGGUAAUGAACUACUUCAGUCGUCAUGCUGGUCUGGCCCUCUGCUGUACUUUAGUUUGUUGCAGCCUUGCAUAACCGCUGGAAAUAACUGACGACCAUAGCCUCCACCAGCUCAACAACAUUGUUCACACACAGUGAGCUGGCUGUUUGGCUAACUCUUUAGCACACCGUUAGCAGCUAACUUAGCCAGUGAUGCUAGUGCAGAGACAGUCUACAACGCGAACAGCUGAAGUCAUGUUUCUCCGAUGGAGCUGAAGUGUUGCACGGCUUGCCAAAGAUGACGGGCCACCUGAGCUGGGGUUAUGUGCCUCUGUCAGUAGGAGGCGGAACAUGGAAGCCGAGGAAGAGUGGAAAAAAGACCUGAGUACCCACAAACUCCUGAAUCAAAAGGUGCUUUGCAAGCAGAAUGGAAAGAUCGGUAUAGUGAGAACUCUUCACAGCCUGUUGAAAACCCAGAAAACGCUGCAGAUUCAGUCCAUCACCCGCUCAGAAUGUGCUGGUUCCUGUCCAAAUCUAAUGAUGAGUAGGAGUGAGCACGCCGAUGUAAGGCCCGUCCCCGUGGCCCUCACCCCCCAGCUCCCCCCCAGAGCCCACCGGCCCCUCUGUGUGUCAGUUUCCUCCGACAGCAGUGGACGCUUCAAGGCUCUGGAGACACAGGAGUGGAAGAACAACCUCAAAGCCCAGAUGGAACAGGCACACAGCGCAGGAGCUGCCAGCAGCACAGGUUCUCUGGAGCGAGCGUCCCUCUUCUGCGCCUCUGCUUCGACUACAGCAUCCAGCUCUGGUCUGUCCAGCCCAGUGGAGAUUCUCAACAAGAGCAAAUCCUCCAGCCGCUUCUCUCUCUUCUCUCCUCCCUGGAACAGCAGCUCUGAGUCCGACUCUAACCCUCCAUCUCGGUCUGGCUCCAAGAAGCUGCGUAACUACAGUCGGAGAGCUGCCACAGGGCCAGCCGGAGCCAGGGGCCCUGAUACGGCUGAAUUCAAGGCCAACGGCCCAGAGCACUUCCAGUAUUCGGAACCUGUCAUCUCUAAAGUGACGGACUACAUCUAUGUCGGGAAUCUGAACGCAGCGUACAAUGGGCGUACCCUGUGCCGUAACAACAUCGACAGUAUCAUCGACAUGAGUAGUGUUCCAGGUGAACCGGGCCCCACUCUCAGCCUCAUACCCUGCACCUGCUCCCGUGGUGCCCGGCACAGCUGGUCCCGCCUCAAAGUGGACAUUGGAGAUGUGCCAGAUGCUCUGGGUGAUGGCCCGGCAUUGAAGCAGCGCUGCUUUGAGGAUAUCAACGAAUGCAUCAAUGCCUCCACUGAGAAGAGAAAGCGUGUCCUGGUCCACUGUAGGGAUGGUUUCUCUCUGGCACCGACGUGUAUCAUCCAGUAUCUAAUGGUGAAGCAGAACAUGAGGCUGAUUGCUGCCUAUGAGCUACUGAGAGCCAAGUACCCGGUCAACAUCAGAGAAUGCCACCAAAAUGUGCUGGUGAGCCUGGAGAGAGCACUACGGCCUGGUGGCAACGUCGACCCAGAAUGCUUCAAACAGGCCAUUUCACGCAAAGUUGCAUGGACUUGACUCACUUUUCCAACAUUUGUGGCUGCUGCUCAAGGCUUUCUUUGUUCCUCCCAUGGUAUUGAAUAUUUUCCUAAAGACAACCAAGGGCAGCUGUACCUCUCCCUGUAGACUGGUCAACUGGAUAUUAUUGUCACCACUUAGGCCCCAUCCACACGAAGACAAAACGCUUAACAGUUUCAAAAACGAUCGCCAUAAAGACGAAGGCGUCUCAGAAAAUGUGUGCGUCUACAUGAAUGCACUCGAUACGCAUGGAAAUGCUGUAAAACACAUGCCAGACCUCUAGGGGCGCUGUAACGAUAUGACGGAAACACGCGCAAACAGAAGAAAAAACAGUGGGCAUGCGCACUUGCGGCAAAAGUUGUAAACAGAGACCAAGCCGGGAAGUAAAUAAAGUGCCGUAAUGUGUCCUCGAUAAUUGUUUGUUCAACUCGGUGGUGAUUGAGAAGAAGGAGAUUUUGCUGCAACAGGAAUAGUUGACCAGCUUCGUUGCCGCGUGUGAAUGCGUGUCAAUGACGAUACGAAACUAUGACGCAAGCGUAUCUGAAAAGUAGCGGAUAGCCAGUAAACACGGAGCCGCUUAUACGCAGUUUCAAAAUCUUUCCACUCUGGAACCUGGUUUCAAAAAUGAUCGUUUACAGACCCCCAAAACGCCGUCUUCGUGUGGAUGAUAGGCAGAUUCAGCAAGAAACUUGUGCGUUUAGACCUCGUUUUGUCUUCGUGUGGUUGGGGCCUUAAGUUCAAUGGUUGUAAAUUUAUAAAUUUGAUGUAUUUCCUCCCCAGACCUGUAAAUGUGAUCUGGCUGUGAUUUCCCCUCCAUCCUCACUGAUCUUAUUCAUAAUAGAAUUAAAUUUCAUUGUAUGAUAAUUUAAUAGUGUUUGCUGUAUAGUGAUACAGUCCUGCUUCAGUUCUGUGCCAUGCUGUUGUGUUGGUGUUCUAUAUCAGGGGAAUUUCUUAAUGGGUGAUCUCAGGAGAUUAUUGAUGUCAUACCAGUAUAGGGUGGGAAAUUUGUCAUUGCAUUAGUCUGUGGCCUCAUUCACAUUUGGAACAAAUGCAUCUUGGAGAACUGUGUGUAGAUUCAGAAAGCUUUGUCACCAGGGGGCAAUUAAAUUUUAUUUUAUUUUUUAAUUUUUUACAUGGUAUAAUGGUGAUGGCCACUGUUGGUUUAGAUUAUAUUCCAAACUAAUGUAUGAUACCCAGUGUGUGCUGAUUAUCUACAUGCAGUCAGUGUGGUAUAGAAUUGACAGUUGGGUGAUUAUGUCUUGAUGCACAAAUAUACUGCUGCAGGUAUGGAAUUGCAAAGGUAACUAUUUAGAAAUCAAGCAUGACAUCUCAAAGUGUGCUCCAGUUGUUGGAAUCCUCUCACACUGAGAACAUUGGAGUCUCUGUAGGAUGAUUUUAUCUGCCUUAUUGCUGGUAUCCUAGUCACUGCCUGCCACUGACUUCAUGACCUAACUCUCAAGACUUGACAAAAUCCUUACCAGAGUUGAAAUUCUACCUAAAUCUGGAAAAGAAAAACUUUAUGGACUUCUUCAAGCAUAGUUAUGUUUACACUGAGUGCACAAGAUCUAUUUAAGAUUUUUUCCAAUAUCAAUGGUGAACUGCCCUCAGCUCACACAUGCAAAGAUCUGGAAACAUCUCACAAUAAGUGGACAGCAUUUGUUUGGAGGUCUGUUUUUUCUUUCUUCUCCUAAACGUCUAUUUUGCUGGAACAAUGUUAUUUUCAAUAAUGUAUUUGUAAUCUGGAUAAAAUAGGGACUUGGUUUUAAAUUCUGUUGAAAUAAAGCUGCAGUUCUGCUGCAGAUACUAAGAUUGAUUGACAUGCAAUUUGUCACCACUGGAUCUAUUACAAUUGACUACAUUCUGGAUUGAUAUGCUUUCUGGACAUGUUUUAAAACUGACCAGUGUCUGUUGUUUGUGACCUUUUCAUGCUGUUCUUUUUUUGUUUGUGUGUGUGUUUUCUGAGGUCAUACUUGAUGGAAGAUGAAUGACUAGACAUGUCCUCUGUGAGGAAGACUGUGGCCCCAUUUUCAGGCAGUUUGUUUGUGAAAAUGAGUUUGUUGGUGCUCCGACUGUGGCUCUGAAUCUGAACUUUAGCAUAUGCAGUGAAAUUGGAUGAUGUGCAUCUCUUCAGUAUUAUAUCUGUGCCACUGAACUGCGUUCAGGGUUUACAUGGCAAGAGAUGAAUUUGCACUACUCCCAUAGUUGUCCUAAAUGCAAAAGUACUUCCUUUUAUUUGUGUUUUUUGAGGUUUAUUGAUGACUUUUCGCACCCAUGGUGAGAAAUGAUUGUCAGCUAUACAUUUACAGUUACCAUAGUUGCAUAGAAUGAGCAGCUCAAGGCAACGAGUCAGUGAAAAUAAUCCACAUUUUUGUCUUAAUACGGAUCUUUAGUUUCUUAAUACAGAGUCAUUUUUACUCCGCCAAGGAAUGUGACGGCGUUAUGUGACGAUCGGCAUACGUUUGCCUUUUCGUCUGUUCGCAACAUUGCUCAAAAAUUGACUAAAGGAUUUGGAUGAAAUUUUCAGGGAAGGUCAGAAAUGACACAAGGACCAAGUGAUUAGAUUUUGGCAGAGAUGCAGCUUAUAGUGUGGAUCCGCAGAUAUCUUAAGGAUUUCCAUAUCAUUUCGAGAAAGCGGCAUCACUGUAACUAUGAUAGCAAGUGAACAUUAUGUCAGCUGCCUGCUGACGAUCACAUGAUUGCGAUCUGCUACAAAUCCACUAUUGUAGACUUACUGGGACUUAUCUGUCGGAAAUGUGUGAGCAGCCUUUGCAUAGUACUUCACUCUCUGAGUGCUUUUCUUGUUAUUUGGUGACACGUAAUUCAGCCACAACUGUUAGCCAAGCAUUCAGUGCCAACUCGGGGUACAGCUAACAGUUAUUUGAAUUAGCUGUCAUUCUAAAUAUGUCUCAAUGAAUUGAUAUAUUGUUAUUCUACAUAGUGUUAGAAAAUCUGAUUAUAUUUGUGAGAAUAUAAGCAAACAUGCGUAGUUGACUCGGCAUAGCUGUUCUUCAAGCAUGAUGUUGUAAAAACAGUUAUUUGAAAAUUCAUUUUCACCCCGGAUGAUAUGAAUUUUAUGAACCGCCUGCCCUUAAUUUAGUUUGUUCAAGUGAGAGCAGUGAAAUUAAAAUAAUGAAACACGUGGAUGAAUCUUGAUAUAUUUCUGCUUUUUAAAUUUAAAACCACUUUUCAUUCGUUUGUGCCGUGCUAUUUCCUAUCUAGCCUACUUUUCAUCACAAUGUGGAAGUAUAUUACUGACACUUCUCUUCUGAUCCUGGUUUCAGACGAGAAACAGCAGCAUAGCGGAGCCUCAGAUGUCCUCACUAUAGGGAUCAAGGGUUCAUGUUUUCCCUUUACUCUGUUUUUUUUUUAAUCUUUGUUAUUCCUCAUUAAUAUGGCUCUCUUGUACCUUUAAGUUUUGACACUACAUUGUUCUAAAUGUGUUUGCUGAUGAGCAAAGAGGCAAGUCAGUUGUUAAAAUGUUGGUCCUGGUUGGAUCCUGGUUUGUGUCUUGUCUGGCCUUUUGGUCAUGACCUAAUCAUUAUGCCUGUAUGGUCAAAUAGGAAAUUAUUUUUGGCACAGAGCGUUAGCCAGACAGACUUUAGCUAAUUGGUGAAUUUUCACUUGAAUACAAAGAGAAAUUGAACCCACAUGGGGCAUUAAAGUAUUUUGUUAAGGUUUUAUUUCUGCAUCUCUUUUUUUAUGUUGAGAGUUCUGUAGUGAAUAGGCAGCCUCAGUGAGAAUGAGUUGUACAGCAUAGUGCAACAGCUGAGACAUUAUUCCCUGGCAGUGCAGUUCAUGUGACCGGUGUGGUAGGAGUGGAAGCUAAAAGUAUGGUGCCUUCAUUUGGAGUUGUCUCUUGACCGUAUGGUGACAUUUGCACACUUUGUAUGAAUUUAACUUCUUGAUAUGCUGUAAAAUGUUGAAUAUUUUUGGAUGUUUUAUUUUGAGCAAAAAAAUAUGAACAUACAUUGGUGUACAGUGGUCCUUGCUGUGAUAUAUUUGCUAGUCAUUUGUGCACAGUGCCAUGUUUUAUUAAUGCAGAUGGUGAUGAGACUAAAAAAAGAUAUAUUUCUCGACAGAUGUUUUAGAGCUCAUAUGGGGUGCUGUAGUAGAUAGAGAAUCAGCAGAUUUAGUUUUUUAUUUUUUAUUGUAAAUGCUCUGUGUCAAAGUCAUCAUAUCAAACUGAAUAGGUUUUCUAACUUGUUCUCUCAGGUGAUUUCUCAGUGGCCCAGAAUGUUCUCAAUGACUACAAUGUUCAGAAAUGUGAAGCAAUGUUUUUCUCAUGUCAUGUUUCUUAAUCAGAAUUUAAUUUGUACUGUUGAAAUAUUAAAGGAACAGAUGUACUACUCAA